AUGAGGCCCGAGGGCAGCGCGGGCCGCGGCGCGGGGCGCAGCCUGGCGCGGAUCGAGGGCGACGGCGAGCUGGGCGAGGAGGCCGAGGAGUGGUCGGAGGAGGUGCGGCGGCAGCAGGAGCAGCAGCUGCGCGCCGAGCUCCUGGAGCAGUACCGCGCGCUGCUGCUAGAGCGCGCCCGCUACCAGCGCUACAACGCGUACCUGCAGCACAAGGUGCACGACUCGCUGCGCAGGAAGCAGGGCCUCGAGGCGGCGGCCGAGGCGGCCGAGAGGGCCGAGCCCGAGGCGCCGGCGAAGGAGCAGGCCUACCUGCGCCACCUGGCUUUGCUGGAGGAGCUGAAGAAGCAGGAGGCCGACGACCUGGCCUGGUACCACCAAGAGCUGGCCCAGCUCAAGCAGCAGUGCCAGGAGAAGGUCGCCCGGGUGGAGAAGGCGUGGCACUCCUUCCAGGCCCUCAAGAAGCAGGUGGUGCUGCAGGCCACGGGCCGCUGCCGGCUGCGCGGCGGGCGCCAGGCCGCCCUGCGCGAGGUGGAGCAGAUGCAGGCGCUGGAGGGCCGGAGGGAGGAGGAGAUGAGCGCGGUGCGGCUGGAGAACGUGCAGCUGAAGCAGAGCCUGGUGCACCUGGAAACCAGGAUGCGGGCCCAGGAGGACCUGACGGAGGGCCUGCUCCUCAUCGACUUCGAGCAGCUGAAGAUCGAGAACCAGACCUUCAACGAGAAGGUGGAGGAGCGCAAGGAGGAGCUCCUGAAGCUGCACACCAAGGUGACCAGCCACGUGCAGACUCUCACCCACGUGAAGGAGAAGCUGCACUUUGUGCAGACGGAGAACAUGGCCAAGAAGUCGCGGCUCCUGGACAUGGAGCUGCGCGUGGCCCGGAAACGCGACGUCCUGACCAAGACCAAGCAGGCCCGCGACAGCCUGCGGCUCGACAACAUCAGGCUGAACCACAGGUGUGGGCUUCUGGGCAAGGACUCGCUCCUCCUAGACAUGGAGCGGAAGGCGGAGCAGACGGAGCUGCUCACCCGGCGCCUGGAGUCCCUGAAGCGCCACCACGCGGGGCUGGCUCUGUCCUGCAAGGGGAUGAAGGAGAAGAUCAGGGAAGCCAAAGCCUUUCUCCCCUAG